AUGGCGAAUGACAGCGGCGGCGGGGCCGGCCAGGGCGGCGGCGAGAGCAGCGGCGGCGGCGGCAGCAGCAGCAGCGAGCGCGACCGGCAGUACUGCGAGCUGUGCGGGAAGAUGGAGAACCUGCUGCGGUGCGGGCGCUGCCGCAGCUCCUUCUACUGCAGCAAGGAGCACCAGCGCCAGGACUGGAAGAAGCACAAGCUCAUCUGCCGCGGUGGAGGCGCCGCGGCGGCGGCGGCGGCCGCAGCAGGGGGCGCUGCCGAGCCCCGCGGCGGGCACCCCCCGCAGACCCGCGCCCACAGCGCCGGAGCCGCGGCGGGAGGCGGCAGCCGGGCGGCGGCGGGGGCCGCGGCCGGGAAGGGCGCGGCGCCGCCGCCCCCGGAGGCCCCCGCCGAGGCCGCCCCGGUGACCAACAACCACGUCGCCGCCGCAGCCGCCGGCGGUGAGGCGGAGGCCCCGGGCGCGGCCCAGUCCCCGUCGCCCUCCGGGGAGGCGGUGCUGCUGUACCGGGACAAGUCGAACCUGUACCCGGGCGGCGUGCAGGCGGGGCCCGGCGGGGCCGCGCUGCGCCCCAACGGGCAGACGAAGUCGCUGGUGCCGCAGCGGCUGGCGCUGGAGUACAUCGUGCCCUGCAUGAACAAGCACGGCAUCUGCGUGGUGGACGACUUCCUCGGCAAGGAGCUGGGCGGGCUGGUGGCCCAGGAGGUGCGGGCCCUCCACCACACCGGCCGCUUCACCGACGGGCAGCUCGUCAGCCAGAAGAGCGACUCCUCCAAGGACAUCCGCGGCGACAAGAUCACCUGGGUGGAGGGCAAGGAGCCGGGCUGCCAGACCAUCCGGCUCCUCAUGAACAGCAUGGACGAUCUCAUCCGACACUGCAACGGCAAGCUGGGCAACUACAAAAUCAACGGCAGGACGAAAGCUAUGGUGGCUUGUUAUCCAGGCAAUGGAACGGGAUACGUACGCCAUGUUGAUAAUCCAAAUGGAGAUGGAAGAUGUGUUACAUGUAUAUAUUAUCUUAACAAAGACUGGGAUGCCAAGGUAAGUGGAGGCAUCCUUCGGAUAUUUCCAGAAGGUAAAGCCCAAUUCGCUGAUAUUGAACCCAAAUUUGAUAGACUGCUAUUCUUCUGGUCUGAUCGCCGCAACCCUCAUGAAGUACAGCCAGCAUUUGCUACAAGGUACGCAAUAACAGUGUGGUAUUUUGAUGCAGAUGAAAGAGCACGAGCUAAAGUAAAAUAUCUAACAGGUGAAAAAGGUGUGAGGGUUGAACUUAAUAAACCUUCUGACUCAGUUGGGAAAGACGUUUUAUAAGCCUUUGAUUUAGCAACUCCCCUUGCUAUUUGCCCUGAUAAAUCUUGAUGCUAUCUAUUAACUUUUGAAUGUGAAUAACAAGAUAAAAGGAAAAUCAACAACAAACCAACAUUUUAAUAAAGAAGCAAACAGUGUUUCAAUGUUGCAUCAAAUAGAAGGUUCUUCGACUGCUGAAGCGUUGUACUAUGUGAUUGUGACUCCAGGCCUGUGACUGCUUAUGUGAAGAAGAUAAGCAAUCAGUAAGAAACAGCAUAUGCAUCUGGACAUAAAUAAGUGCCCUACAUAGAAUUUGUCCAUCCUUAUAUUUUGCCAGACCUGUCAUCCAGCUGAAUCCAAUUCAUCUCUCCCUUUUUUUAUAUGGUAAAAGUUUGAAUUUUGGGUAAUUUUUGUAUGACCAGGUACAGUUUAUCAAAAUUGAGUCUUUAAAAAAAAAAAAAAAAAAAAAAA